GUUUGUUUGUUUUUCCUUCUCCCUAAAGAACGCCAAAUUGCAUAUACUUCUGGUGUUGCUAGUGCUCUUGCUUGAAUUCCAUCGUGUAUCUACCUUCUUUAUUUGUAUUCUUACUGCUUUAUAAGCUUUGGCAUUGUUUGCCUUUGAGGUUGAUUUCCUUUUCCUUUUGCUCUUCCUUUUAUAUUUUACUUCUAAAGUGUCACUUUUUGAUCUGGCAGUGCUCCACAACGUUCAUCUUGAAAUCAGAGAUGCCACUCAGCGUUAGGCAGCCCAGGACCUGAAUGUGAAUAGUGAGAGAGGUGUUAAUUAGUAACAAAAGUGUAUCUGGUGGUGGGCAUCAUGGGAGCAAGAAAAAGCAAUUAGCUGCAACAAGAUAAGCAGUUAACACCUAACAGUGUACUCACAGGAAGCACCGUCUCAGUCCAAAGAAGGAUACGAAGUACAGCAACAUCUCAUGUUUCUGGGAAACACAGCCAUUAGGCUGUGUGAGGAUCAGUUGUGUCUUCCAUCACAGCAAACCCCGUAAUAUAAAUGGACUUUUUCUGCCACCUAGUAACAAUGUUGCAUUGCAGGAGGAGGUCCAAGAAGGGAUUCUGAAUCCAGCCUGUGGUCAAGAAUCAUUCAGAAAUCAGGAGAAUAUUUUAAGACCAAUUCACCCUCCACUAAUUAUUAACAUCAACCACCAAGAGGACGAAGAGGAGGAUGAAGAGGAUAUUGAAGACAAAGAGAACAAUGAUUUUAAUUUGUUGGCUAAGACUGCUUCAGACCUUGAAGAGGAAAGAGCAAUAAAGGAAAUGUGCUAUAAAUCUGGAGAGUAUUAUAGGAUUCAUUACCCUCAGGAACACCAAUCAACAAAAAUCAUAUCUUCGUCUCUAGAAAAUGAGUUAUUACCUUUGGAAGCUAUCAAGCGGGAUUUGCAGAAAGGUGAUGGUAAUACAAAUCCUACAAAACUUAAUAAUAUAAAAAGAGAGGGGGAGACUUCAGGAAGGAGAGUGUCAGUAGAGGGUAUUAACAGAACAGAUCAUAGAUCCUUUGAAAAUGGAGUUUGUCAAUGCAAAAUAAUGCAGUACCAUGCUAGGGAUGCUUGGUCUAGCUUUGAGCAAACUGGAGGUGAUUGUUUUGUGGCACAGAAAAACAUAUUUGUUGAAGGGAAAAGAAACAAGGCACUACCUUUAGAAAAAGCACCAAUUGCAUCAAAGUAUUCAGAUGUAAAAGCAACAAGCCGCUCUGAAUUGGUAAAGAAGCAUCAUUUUAAGGGAGUAAAGAAAAAGAAAUGGAUUUCUGAGGAACCAAGAAACUUAUCUAAUACAGUAACAGGCAAAGAAAAUCACACUUCAAACCCAAAAGUUAAACCAAGUUACCAACAAAGUGAUAAAAGAAAGGAUGAUGAAACUGCUUCUUCUAUUUCUGUGAGACAAGCUAGAAGAAACACUUACUUCAAUUCUUCAGAACCCCGAAGAUCAGCAUACGUGUUCUACCGUAAUGUUACAGAUGUCCAAGAACCAAAGUUUAAUGGAUCAAUGGACAAAUAUACUUCAGGAUCUUGUAAUGCACCAACUUGGAGGAAAAGGAAUCCACAUGCAAAGACAUUCACUAAGUUUAAAACAACCAUUCAGAGCCAAGAAGAAAUGGAAAUGAAUAUAAAAGGAGAAAGAUUUGUAGAAAGGAGAAAGAUAUGAAACCAAUACUUCAACUUACAAGAAAAAUUUAAAUUAAAAGAAGGAAAUUAACAAGUACUGCCCAACUGGACAUCAAAAGAUGAUAAAAUUGCAAAUCUCAAAAAUAAUCUGCAGGAAGUAUACUUUAACAUUUUAUCAAAAGUGAUAAAAAUGCAAAUUAAAAAGUAUGUUCUGUAUGUGCACAUAUACAGGUCUUCAAUCUAUUCACAAAGUUUAAUCUGUUGUUAAAAUUUGACCGUUGAAAUGAUUUAUUACAGGCUAUGGCUGUACACUUCAAGACUGAUAGCAAAAGACUGUCUUGGGGGGGGGGGGGGAGGACUCCUUAAACAGAGUAUUCCCCCAUUUUGUUUGACAGAUACUUUAAUGAAAAAUUACUAAUAUGAAUUAAUAUUAUUAGUUACACUUGGCAGUUUCAGAAGACUUUCAAUGUAAACAGCAAUAUUAAUGCAUUCUAGAAAAUGGCUGUUCUGGUGUGAAAGACAGAUUUGUAGACGAUGUAAUUGUUUGCUAGAUGUUUGAGGGCUCAUUCUGAGUUUGAUCUUAAUAUUUUGCCAUUUUAGUAGGGCAGCAGAACUGUUAUGAACUAAAUGAACUUCACAACAAAAGAAGAAUUAACAGAAAUAUGUUUUUCCACACAUUUUAAACAAAAGUAUAAAAGACUGGAUAAAGACAGAGAAAAAGACUGACAAGAAGACUACAACAUCGCUUCCUGAAAAAAUAAACUAUAUAAAUGGUUUUAAAGUGAACAGUGACAACGUACUACUAUUUCUCUAGAGAGCACAGAUUUGUUAUUAAAUCAUUUCUGCAUUUCCAUAUUUAUUUAUUUUUUUCUUCUAUGAGACAGACUGAUUUGGUUUCUUUCCUGUAAUUGGAGAGAAUGGGUUUUGAUCACCUUUAUUCUAGGAUUGGAUCAAUAUAUCAAACAGUAAACAGCACUGUGUAAAAAUAGAAAAACUGACACACCAGAAGGCAGGUGUAAGCAGGAAAUGGAGCCUGAAGGAGGAAUUUUGAAAGAUGAAACAAAUGCACUCAAAAGUUAAAAAUAGCUUUCUGGAAAACUGAAAAUUAUGUAAUUGUGGAACAUGUAACUGAAAGAAACAUAUUUCAAAGAUUCCCUCCAGAGAGUUAAGAAAAAGAGGGGCAAGGCAAAGGAUUCUGUCUUUCAUGGAAUACUGGUCAGUAGCCAAUGUGUGCAACUAUUGUACCUAACACUAAAUUACAACAUACUUAUAUGUUUUAAUUUAUAUAUAAUUUAUGUAUAUAAAUAUGAAUGUAUAUCCUUGUCUCAAACCUUUUUCAUUUUUUUUGCAUUUACUUAACCUUUGGUCAUUCAUAGAACAUACUUAGUUUUGGAGGAGAGCCCUUCAAACAUUUUUUUAGAGCUCUGUGAUCCAGUAAUUACCUCAGUGGCAUCCAUGGCUAUGAACAUAAAAGCACUUUGCUUCUUUGUGACUGUUUAAAAUUGUAUCAGAUGCUUUCCAGGGUGCCUUCUAGAUGAAAUUAUUCUAUCAUUCUAUGAGAAAUAUCAUCAUAUAUUUCUCAGUCCUACUUUACUGAGAAUAUCUUGCAAAAAAAAUAGGCGAGUAAUGCUUUAAAUAUUAUUACUUUUAAUUUUAGAAAUUGAUUAUAAUGGUGUAGGCAGUUGGGCAUUACUUUCUUAGCUGAGAAAAUAAUAGAUUAUCUGUUUUAGCUGAGAGGUAGAAAAUGUUAAAAAACAAAGCAAAACAAAAAAACUGGUAACAUCUUUUUAAAAUCAAUGAUUAAGUGUACUGAAAAUGUCUCCCUCCCUCUAAUUAAACAUUGGAUUCUCAACUUGUAUCACACAAUGCCUUGCAGCAACAUUUUGUAUCUUGUCUGCCUGAGGCAGCUUAAAAUCUUGAUUUGGAGGGUUGUUCUACCCAGUUAUUUUUUAACAUCUAGAAAAAUACUUUUAUUCUCAUUUUCAAAUAAACAUAAAUUUUACAUAUAAUGAUUGUUCAAUCUCUGUAAUUUAGAGGAUUGAAUUUGGCAGGGCCAUAAAUUGACCAGGGCCAAACUUUAUUUUGGUCUGUUUUUUAGUAUUUAAUUAAAAAGGGUUUCAGUAUUUAAAUUUUGGAAUUUAUUUGGUUUGAGAGUAGCAGUGCAAAGAUCCCACUCUGUCUUAGUAAUUUUGUUUCAGAGUACAGCUGAUACUCUUUGCUUGCUUGGGUGUUAACCUGUUGGUUUUACUUAUCAGUGUACUGUACAAAGAAACGGAAGUUUGAGAGUUCAUUACAAUUACUAACAGUGUGUUUGCCAGAAACUUACUUAAAAUUACUAAAAAGAACAGAUGGGCAUAAAAUUUGAAUGUUGCUGACUGUUCCAGCAUCAGAUAAUGACAGAGUAGGUGGUGCUACAGUUUUAGACCUUCCUGGUGAAUCCAUCUUUGAUCAAAUAUGUUCUGAACCCUGAAUGGUGUGAAGAAAAAAAAAAACACAAAACAAACAAACAAAAAUAAAUAAAUGGGUCACAUGGUUUGGAUUAGAAACAGUAACAAAGUGAACUUCUAGCCUCCAAAUUUAUGAACUUAACACUGAACUAGAAGUAAACUGAAGUUCAUUACUGUAUGUAUUCCCUAAAUAUAUAUUGUGAAAUCUGAGAAGGCAUUAUGACAUCUGAAAAUAUAAAUAUUACAUUUGAUUCUUUCCCUUAAUUGUAUUUAAACUCAAAGAGCUUUGUUAAUCUAUGUAUUUAUUAUAGUUCUGAGCUAAUAUAAAAAGGAAAUAAGUCUUAUCACUGUUUUCCUGUACCGGAUAGACAAAAAAUGAGUGACCAAAAGGUGAACAAAUAAGAGGAGUCUAAUGUGAGCCACCUGAAGGAGAGACUGUGCUUUAUUGUGUGGUAUUGUUACUAUACUGUGUUUAAAAAAUGGUGUUUGUAUAUUCAUAAACAUACAAUAAAUGCACCUAGUAAAAGUAAA